AUGAAUUUAGUUGAAAAAAAUGUUAUUUAUUUCGGCGGUUUUGGUGGAAUAGGUCAAAAAUGUAUAGCUCAGCUACUCGAAAAACAAUUGAAGGCCUUAGCUAUAUUCGAUUUGACAGAGAAUACUAAAAUCUUGGACGAAUGGCAAAAGAAAUUUCCCAAUACGGACAUUUUUUACCAGAAGGUCGAUGUCACCAAGAAAUCUGAUAUAGAAGCUGCUUACAAGGCAGCAAGUCAACGUUUGGAUUACUUUGAUGUCAUAGUCAAUGGAAGUGGCAUUAUGAAUGAUCGCCUCAUUGAGCUGUCUGUGGAUAUUAAUUUGAUGGGUGUCAUUAACAGUACAUUGACUGCCUUGGAAUAUAUGGAUAAGUCGAAAAAAGGUCGAGGUGGACUCAUUGUAAAUAUUUCAUCAGUUGUCGGCCUGCAACCAUCUCCCCUAUUUCCAGUGUAUGCGGCAAGCAAAACUGCUGUCACCUGUUUCACACGUUCCCUGGGUGUUUCUUUCUAUUAUGAACGAUUUGGUGUAUCUUUCAUUACAAUUUGUCCUGGCAUGACGGAUACUGGCCUUCUAGAUGAUUUGUCUAGCAAAACAAUUUUCGAUUUUGAGACUCCAUUGCAUAAAAUAGCCCCCAAAAUAAAACGUCAAAAGGCUGAAGAGUGUGCCAGAAGUUUAGUAAAGGCCAUUGAAGAGGGCAAAAAUGGUGAUGUCCUUAUGCUAGAGUUGGGUACUAUUACGGAAGUGAAAAUACCUAAUCAUUGGGUACAUCAAUUUGAUGAUUAA